UGCAUCAACAUUGCAUUUUUCACACACCUCCAUUCUUGAUCUGCGUCAAACCACCCAAACACAGGCAAUAUAAGGAAGGAAGGAAGCAGCCUACAUCAAUCACUAGUUGGAGGGGAUGGAGUGAAGGCUCAGCACCAUUUACAUCAGCAGCUUAUUGGGUCAAGCCCUCAGUAUGCCUUCCCUUCGCCUCGUCUUCCUCACCACUCUCCUCGUGGUGCUGAUGGCCGUGCUGACCUCCAGCGCCAGAACCACACGCUGGCCCAGACCUCAAACCACCAAGAAGCCCCCCAGAGCAGGGGGCAGCGGUGGGGGUGGAGGAUUCGGACGGACCACCACCACAACCCCGUCCCCAAUGCACACAGAUGAGACAACUGAGGUUAUGAUGGACGCUUACACCCUGUCCCCUACAGACAGCACCACCUACCCCAGUGACAGUUACUCCACUGAGUUCCACACCGACGCCAUAGUGCCCCCUGGUAACACUCUUGGAAACUAUACCCUCGACUACAAUGAAUGCUUCUUCAAUUUCUGUGAGUGCUGUCCGCCAGAGAGAGGCCCUGUAGGACCCAUGGGAGAGAGAGGGCCACCGGGACCACAGGGAGAGAGGGGCCCUCUAGGGUUACCAGGAGAGAAGGGAGACAUAGGGCCCAGAGGACCUCCAGGACCAGCAGGACUACCUGGAGCCAACGGACUCAAUGGCGACAUAGGUGACAAAGGUGAUCAAGGACCGAUGGGUCUUCCUGGUGCCCCUGGAAUCCCAGGAAAACCAGGAGAGAGAGGUGAUCCAGGCCCCAGAGGAGAGAAAGGUGAACGUGGCUUCAGCGGUCUGAAAGGGGACCCGGGAGAAAGAGGAGAGCCUGGCCUGAAUGGGACUAAGGGCAACACCGGGCGAGAGGGGCCUAUGGGUCCCCCUGGGGUAGCUGGGACAAAGGGUCAGAAAGGUGAACAGGGACUUACAGGCGAGUGUCUAACAGGUGAGAAAGGUGAUGUCGGUGAGCGUGGGCCCCCUGGUCCGAGAGGUGAGAUGGGCCCCCCAGGAGUGAAUGGAACUGAUGGUGCAAAGGGAGAGAGAGGGGAGCCGGGGCCUCCGGGAUGGAAGGGGGAUACUGGUGCCAGAGGGCCCCCAGGACCUCCAGGAGCGAGGGGCUUAGCAGGGCUGAGGGGGGAGAGGGGAGUUAAAGGUGGGCGUGGGCCUCGGGGCCCUAAAGGCGCACCAGGUGAGAGUGCGGAGCUGGUUCGCUCUGCCUUCAGUGUGGGCUUGUUCCCCAGCAGGUCCUUCCCUCCGCCUGGCCUGCCUGUGAAGUUCGAUAAGGUGUUUUACAACGGGGAGGGGCACUGGGACCCAACGCUCAACAAGUUCAACGUCACCUACCCAGGAGUCUACUUGUUCACUUACCACAUCACCGUGCGCAACCGGCCCGUGCGUGCUGCCCUAGUGGUUAAUGGGCUACGGAAGCUGCGGACUCGGGAUUCCCUGUACGGCCAGGACAUCGAUCAGGCGUCCAACCUCGCACUGAUGCAGCUGAAUGAAGGCGACCAGGUGUGGCUGGAGACGCUGAGAGACUGGAACGGAGUUUACUCCAGCAGUGAGGAUGACAGCACUUUCUCUGGCUUCCUGCUAUACCCAGACUCAAAGACCAAACCUUCUGCUAUAGAAAACGUGUGACCUUUGACCUCGCGUGGGCCCUGAUUGUAACUUCUUGUAGACUCUGCACAACCUUCAGCUUACUGCACUGCUCCGUCAAAUUAAUGUGAUUCAGCUAAAUGCUGCUGCUUCUGUAUCUGCAUCUGCUCGCUGCUGUCGUGCUAAUCAAACCAAAUGCUUUGCUUGCCUUGCUAUACUCGGAGA